ACUGAAUUAAGCUGACAGUUUCUCACGAUCAAAGUUGAAGUAAACCACAGCAGCUGUUGCAGUAUUCGUAUUAUAGUUAACUAAAAUACAUAUUAUCUAUCAUGAAUGAACAAAAUAUUCCCAUAGAUAUUAAUGUUGGUAGAUUGUUAGAAUGGCUAAUCAGUAGAAGACACUGUAAAAAAGAUUGGUAUUCGAAAGUUGUAAUUAUUAGAGAGAAGAUAACUGGUGCCAUAAAAGACAUGCCAGUCCGAGAUGAUGUAGCAUGUUUAUUAUCUACGAUUGAUAUCAAUUAUUUUGACUGCCGUAAAUUGGUUGAAAUUUUAAAAGAAACCGAAGCAAAUACAAAAAAUAUGUUUGGUAGAUAUGGAUCACAAAGGAUGAAGGAUUGGCAAGAAAUUAUGUCUUUGUAUGAAAGGGAUAAUGUAUACCUUGCAGAAGCAGCGCAAAUGUUGAUGAAAAUUGUGAAAUAUGAUAUACCUAGUCUAAAAAAACAAAUUCAGAAAUUACAGCAGAUGCAAAAUGAUUUAGAAAAAGAAAUAGAAAAACAUAAGAAAUCAGAAAGAACAGCAAAAGCUGAAUUCGAUGCUCUGUGUAAACAAUUAGAUAUUUCUGGAAAAAAUAUCAGAGUUGAAUUGGCUGAAACUGCUAAAACCGAAUUACCAAAAAUUUGUACAAAGAUAGCAGAAAAAACAAAAUCUCUCAGUGAUAUUGUUAAUUUUUAUGAAGAAUAUAUACAAUUUACAAAUGGAAAAGAAAUUAAUGCAGAUAGUAUGAAAUGUUUAAAGUAUGUGAUAGCAAAAGGAAAUACUACAGCAACAGAAUUUUUACAAAAGGAUUCAUCACAAUUGACAUCUGACUCUGAUUUCAACAUCACUGUUGUAGAAGAUAGUAAUGAAAAACAAACAGAGGAUACUUAUGACAUAAGAAUAGAAAGCAAUGAUUCUUAUACAGAUAACAUCACGUGCGAGAGUUCUGAUGUAGAGUUGAUACGUUUACAAGAUGAACUAACAGUAGACUUCCACUCUCCAACUAUUCUAGAACAUCAAACAAUGAUAGACUUUAUGAAUGAUUUAUUAGAAUUGGAAGCAUUUUUGAAAAUACGCUUGUAUGAAUUCCAACAAGAAAGUAAGGAAAAUUUGAUAACCUUUAGUCACAUGCAAGAGGCAUCAGAAAUUGUUCAACUUUCUAAUUUACAAAGCGUACAAAGUAUGUUGGACAGAAUGCAAAAUAUUAUAUCUGACAUGUCUGACAGCAAAUAUGAACAUUUAUACUCUAUCAGAAAUCUUCCAAGUUAUGCAGAUACAUUAACAUUAUCUCUACAACGAAAAUUAGCUAUGGUUGAGAGGAUGUUAAAAUAUCAAGACACUUGUUUACAAAAAAGAAAAGAAGCAGAAGAACGUAUAAUAAAUCUGCAGCCUCUAUUGAAUCAUGCAGCACAAAGAAUGAAAGAAUUACAAACUGAGAUAGAACAAGAUAUUUCAAAGAAAUAUCAAAAUAGAACUGUGCAUAUAAGAGGAGCUUCUGUUUUGUAAUAAUUAUUAAAUUAUACGUUGAAUAAAACUUACACAAAAUAAUAUACAUAGCUAUUCUCCGAACUGUUAACUCAUGAAAUAACAGUAAACUAAAACAAAAUUAUAUUUUAUAUUUUUGUAAUAUGAAUUCCUGAGGUAAACGCUGCUGUUAAGAGACGUGCAAUCUGUAAAUACAUUAUAGAGAACUAUUAUGCUACAUUAUAAAAUCUAUCUUUGGUAUAGUGAUACUAGUUUCUCAAUGAGGAUUGAUACAGUACGUGAAAUUACAUAAUCAUGAAAAGAUUUUGUACUAGUCUCCAAGGUGAUGAAGUACAAACAGCUUUUGUAGUUGGACAAGGGUAGCGGCGCAAGCAUUCUGCUAAUGAUCUAUCACAUUCGCACAAACGUUGUGCACACGAUCCCGAUCCUCCCCAUUUACCAUGCUCAACGGCUACAAAUCAAAAAAAUACGAUCUACUAUAUCAUCUACAAUAAUUUUACUAAGAUAUAACUAGCGAUAUACCUACCACAUACAGGAAAACAACAACACUUUUAUUUAUAUUACAAAAUUAAGGAUAUACCGAUCGAUUCCAUCAAUGACAUAUCCGGAUCCUAAGAAGCCACAAUAACAACCAUAUCCUUUAUAUACCAAAGGAUUACAUCCUGUAGCACACACUACCAUAUUGUAAAGAUGAAUGACACCUCUCUUAAAUCUUGUAUGAUUCGUAAGUUCACCACCGCUUUUAAUUACAACCAUGGAUUUGUAUAUUAAUUUUUUACGUUUAAACAGUAGAUCAACUUUUUGUCGUUGUAGAAAACAAUAUACUUACAUCGUCUUGUCAACUUUCGUAAUAUUUUUGGCAGCAUUGAAAAGCGAUGAUAAAUCAAAAUGUACAUUUUCAUUCGUGUUUUUUGAAGAUCUUAAAUUUUCUAGAUCUUCGGCAUGUUCCACUCGUUGGUUCUCUUGGCGCCAAUCAACGAUUGGCCCUUUGAUACUAGAAUCGUCGCGAUGAACUCUACGAAUUAAGCCAAGGCUCGUUUUUCUUAUCGUAUAUGGUGUUACAUUAGCUAUACACACAAAAUAAAUUAUUAUGAAAAUUAAUAUAUAAGAUUAAUUAUAUUCGGCGAUUGGAAAACGACAGAAAUAACGUAUAUUCCUUAUCGUUAUAUAUUUUAUCUAAAAAUAUAUUUCAUCCCGUAUUCCACUAUAAUUUACUUUCAGUACAUUUUACGCUUUCGUGACACUCCUUUAGAAAUAUCAAAAGAAUCGCAUCGCGUGAGUAAUGUGUUCGAGAUCUGUAAAGGUAUAAAAAGUAAUCGGAGCUCAUUCAGAAUUUCAAAUUAUAGCUCUGUAAAGUUUCUAAAUAAAAUGUACGUGUCGUUUUC